AUGGUUGAUCAAUGUUUUGUCUUGCUUCAGAUUCGUAAUGAAAAGGCAAGGAGAUAUCUCGGAAACAUGAGGAGAAAACCGCCAGUUCCAUUCACUCACAAAUUUCCUCAUGUAGACCCGUUGGCCCUACGCUUCCUGCACCGUCUUCUUGCGUUUGAUCCCAAAGACCGUCCUACAGCUGAAGAGGCACUGGCAGAUCCUUACUUCCAUGGUCUGGCAAACGUGGAUCGAGAACCAUCUACUCAACCGAUUCCAAAACUCGAGUUUGAGUUUGAAAGAAGGAAAAUAACAAAGGAAGACAUGAGAGAAUUGAUAUACAGAGAGUUUAAGAGACAAUUUGCUCAUCUUGAAGAACAUUAUGGUAAGGGUGAGAGAAGCUCUCCUCUUCAACGCCAACACGCCUCCUUGCCUAGAGAGAGAGUCCCUGCUCCUAAGGAAGAGAAUGGAUAA